CCUGAUUCACAAGUCUCCCGUUCCUUUANUAAGGUGGUCUCUCUCUCUCCCAUUGAGCUCCUUGCACAGCCUAGGAGGUCCCCUCAGGGUCGCGCCAUGUCCAGCCCUGCUCCCUCAGGCAUUCAGGUCCAGCCCGGGAGCCUGCGCCCCUGUCCGGGGGCUGUUUCCCCAGUUGUCCCGCGUCGACUAGCUCAGGGACGCCUGGAGUCAUCCUUCUCUGUCGAGGCCAUCCUGGCGAGACCCAAGACCCGAGAGCUGGCUGCCACCUCUCUGCCGCUCUCUACCUGCACCAGUCUGAACCUCCUCGGAGCAGUGUCGCAGUACGGGGUCCUGCCCUGGGUGUGCUCCACAGGGUCUUGGCUGCCCGCCUACCUGAGCGUGGGCGUCUACCCGCUGUGCUCCAUGUCCUGCGUGCCCGGACUGAAUGUCACUCACCACCAGCAGGGCCUCAGGCUCACAGGACCAGAGCUACCUUACUGUCUAGGCCCUCUGAAAUGGGCACCCACUGUGAACCUUCGGGACCACGGGACAGAGAGACACACAAAGAGGGUUCGCACAACGUUUAACUUGCAGCAGCUGCAAGAGUUGGAGAAGGUGUUUGCAAAGCAGCACAACCUGGUGGGGAAGGAGAGAGCCCAGCUGGCUGCCAGGCUGCACCUGACGGAGAACCAGGUGAGGAUCUGGUUCCAAAAUCGCAGGGUGAAGUAUCAGAAGCAGCAAAAACUGAGAUUGCCUUCCUCCUCUGUCACAGAGGAGCCCUCCAGCAGCUCAGAUGGCAACAUCCAGAGUGAAGAUGCUGAGUUGGGAGUUGGCAGUUAAGGACAGAGCAAGAGGCUUUAGUCAUGUUAUAUGGGCUAGUUCUUCCUGUGGUACCUGCUGGCCCUCCCUGUCCCACAUCUCAGUGAAGAGCUUCCAUAAGGUCAAAGGACACCAAAUGUACUUGAACAAUCAAGCAGGGGAACUCUGGAAGCAGCAUAAUGGAUUGACCUAUGUC